GGAGGGGGGGGGCGGGGCAGGAAAUUUCCCCUCCGAGGCAGGAAGGGAGGGCUCAGCCCGCCUCCCUUGCAGCCUGGAGACCCAGCCGACGGACAGGGUUGUUAUUCAAAGGACAACAGCGCCCAUUGCCUGGAUAAGACUCAUUAGGAAAGCUUUUGAACCGUGGGAUGCCCCUGUGAGAGCUCCACCACCACCGCCGCCACCAUGUCUAUGUACCUGAAGCAUUUCACAGUGGUGGGGGACGACCCCACGCAGUGGAACAAUGACUACAAGAAAUGGGAGGAGGAAGAGAUGGAGGAGGACGGGGAAGGCAAAGUGCCUGACGCAGCCAUCAAAGUGGACUCCGCUCCGAGGCCCCCGUCCUUCCGGGAUGUGAUGAAGAAGCUCUUCCAGUCGCACAAAUUCCAGAUCUUGAUUGUCGGCCUGGUUAUCGUGGAUGCCAUCUUGGUGCUGGGGGAACUGCUUCUGGAAUUAAAAAUCAUCCAUCCGGACAAAGGCGAGAUUGUGCCCAAGGUCUUCCACUACCUGAGCCUCUCCAUUCUGACCCUCUUUCUGGUGGAAGUGAGCUUCAAACUCUUUGCCUACCGCCUGGAGUUCUUCAAGCACAAGUUUGAAGUCCUGGAUGCCGUUGUGGUCAUUGUCUCCUUCGUCCUUGACAUCGUCCUCCUGUUCCGGGAGCACGAGUUCGAAGCCCUCGGGUUGCUGAUCCUCUUGCGAUUGUGGCGCGUGGCCAGGAUUAUCAACGGGAUCAUUUUGUCCGUGAAGACACGGUCUGAGCAACAUGUCUCCAAGCUGAAGCAAGCCAACCUGCAGCUCACGGUGAAGGUCCAACAGCUGGAAGGCAACUGCGCAGAGAAGGAGAUAGAAAUCGAAAGGCUGACCAACCUAUUGAAACAACACGGGCUCCUCACCCAGCUCAGAUAGAUAGAUGCCUGGCCGUGACCCUCCUGGGCUGGAAUGCCUUUCCUCGAAAGGAGUCCCGGUGUCGAAAAGCUAUUUCUCUCCCUGCUCUAUACUGUGACAUUUUGAAAAUCUCCUUUUGUACAUUCUUGUCGGUAAGCCUCUUCUGUGUCCUUGGCUCCCCCUCCCCGCUCCCCCCCAAAAAAACCUCUUUAUCAGUGUUGUCAAACCAGUCCGCAAGCUGGAAGACUCAAUUAUUCCAAUCUUUAAUUGUACAGCUGUACAGUGUGAAAAUAAAUAAACAUCACUUUAAAAAGCUCAA